CCCUUUCAAGUCCCGUCUGCGCAGCGGUCACCAUGCUGCGGGUGGAGGUCGGCCAGAUGGAGGCCGAUCGCUCCGGCAUGGGUGGUGGCAUCGGAGCUGGUGGAAGAAGCAAUGGCAGUGGCGGAAACGCGAAUAGUGGGCGCCGGGGCCGGCAAGACAUGACCAUCCCAAGCAUCGUCCAGCACAAGCGGGGCACAGUCCUGCUCACGCUGUUCGUGCCAAGGGCACUUGGCGAGCAGCGCACGGGUGACGACCUCGCCCAGAGCAGUGACGGUGGCUCAUCGACAUCAACAACACCAGCGAUCAAGAAGAUCAGCGUCAAAGAAUGCACGCUCCUCGUACCAGACGCCGUCGCCAGCAACCACGGAAGCACAAGCUCUGAUGUGGGGUCGCGCAAAGCUCCCACACCAACUUCCUCCCCCACCGAAGGCUCAUCGGCAGCGUUUCGGGCACCGCUUGGCCGCAUGGUCUCCGCGCCAGCACCGCCGCUCGCAACUGCGGGCCCCGCUGCCGCCAGUGGCUUUGACCGCCUCCAUCGUAUCGAAUCCGAUACCCACGCACCACCCGGCCCUCUGUCGCGCCAAUUCAGCAUGCAGCAACGCUUCAAACCCACAGGCGCAGCCGCUGCAGAUGCAGCCCGGCAACCUGGGCAACCUGGGCAAUAUGGGCAACCUGGGCAGCAUACGGUGCACGGUCUCGUCCCUGCGUUCCAGUUGGCCGACACUCCGCAGCUGGCACACCGCGAAGACCACCUGUACGUGUGCGAGUUGCAGACGCCCCGGCUCUCCCCAAAAGCCUGGCGCUGGAUUGGAUCGCCAUCAGGGUCGCCAGCCAAGGACAAGCAGCAACAGCAACAGCAGCAGCAGACGAAGAAGAAACAGAGCGGCGAGGCUUCGUCGCAAGACGGCGACAAUGGUCUGCGCAAGCGAUGCGCUGACGCUGCGCGCUUUGAGCUGCAGAUCAAGCUGUCCAUCUCAUUUGCGGCCAAGGGACACCAAGGCAGCACGCAGGCCGGCCUUGUGGAAGAGGUGAAGACGCUGUACUUGAGCAUCGACCAGUCAAACGCAACAAACUGCGUCAAGUUUGCCAUCGUGCACAUGCCCACCGCCAAGCAGCCCCCAGCGAGCCCCAUCACCCUGUGCGCCGAGUACAUGGCAUAUGUGGCCGCAUCCAGGCCCGGCCUUGACAGUGGCGCUGUCAAGCGUGGCCCCAUGUUGGCACAGGCAGCGUGGCUCGUCUGGCACCAAGCGUUGCUCCUCUCCACGCUUCGAGGUUGGAAGUUCAUGGACCGCUCCUAUCAGUCCCUUCGUGUCACCUUUGACGCGCUGGACAAAUAUGGCAUGGAUUCGCUGGAGGCGUUUGUAGCGCGGGCGUGCCUAACGGGCCAAAUCCUGCGGUUUGCACAGCACCACCGCAGCCUGAUCCAGUUUUCGCCACGUGUUUGGGAGCUUGCGCCUCUCAUCACCCGCCAAGCAGCCGCCGACGCCAUUUCAACCUGGCUGAACCAGCGCAGGUCCCUCACCGCGUGGGAGCACGGCCUGGAGAUGCUAUUGUUUGUGUUCAAGCAAGCGCUGCGUGGGCUGAUUUGCGUGGACAUGACAUCCAUCCUGACCUCCUUCCGCUAUCCGCGCGUGUUCCCCGUGCUUACGCGUGUCCGCGCCAUGCCAGCUCGCCCUGCACUUGUUUGGGGCACACCUUACAAGGCUUUUGCCUUUGGGAACGGCCUGGCCCUUGCCUUGGCUGCGCUGAGGGAGGUGAAGCCUGCUGCCCUGCACAUCCCCGGCACAAAGCAGCCGCCAGCAACACGCAAGUGGCAGACGCAAGUGCGGCAGCCGUUCCACCUCUCAGUGUGCCACUGGCUGCUGACGGUGCUUGACCAGCACAUGGGUGCACUUGAGGCUGCGCUCGCCGCCGCGUCCCGCAGCAAGCGUGUGCUGCACCAUCGCCUUCGCAGCGCCAUUGCCGACGGCGUGCUCCAGCCGAGUGAUGAGCAGAUGCUCACCGACGUGCACACGCGCGUGAAUGCAGGCGAAUGCCUUGUGCAGGACCUGGGCGCCACGCUAGCAGCAUUGCGUAAGUGGGAGAAGACGGCCUUGGACGAGCGUGGGAAGAGCUUUAAGGACACCACACUGCGCACGCUCAUCUACACGUUCAACUUUGGGCUGGCGGAUGAAGACAAAGCCAUCAUGAACGCCCUCAUGGACUUGAUGCCCGCAUCGGCAAAGAAGGGAGGCAGUGCUGCAGGAAAAGGCACAGCUGGGCCAAGUUCAUGGGCACGAGGUGGCGACGAAAAUGAUGAUGAUGACGACGAUGACGACGAUGGUGACGAUGACGGUGAGGAUGAACUGGAGGAUAACGACGAUGAUGAUGAAGUUGAUGAUGUUGAUGAUGAUGAUGAUGAUGAUGACGACGAUAGCGGCGGCGCAGGUCGGGGCAGACAAAAGCGAAAGGGAAAGAAGAAAGCAAAACAGAAGAACGCGCCACUGGAGCUUGGUCCCCGUGACUUCCGCGUCACCACCAUCAGCGGCACAGGCACCCGAGGCAACCAGGACACCCCCAUCGAGGUUGUUGUUGACACACACAGAGGCAAAGGCAAAGGCAAAGGCAAAGGAAAGAAGGACACGGGUCCCGCAUCGGCAAGCACGGGGUUGUCACCAGCAGCGUCGGCAACUGAUGGUGGCACGCGCCGACCAGAGAGGGAACAGGACACUGCAAAGGAGAAGAAGAGGAAGAAGAAGCCCAAAGAUGAGCGCCCUUCGUUCAACUCGCCCCAGGACGUGCUCUCUCUGCCAAACGGAGACAUUGUUGUGUGCGACCGCGACAAUGCGCGCGUGCGUGUCAUCACACCAGAGGGGAAGGUGUCCACCGCGCUUGGGGUGGGCAAGCGUGGCCACCAGGAUGGCGUCGGCGCAGGUGUCCGGCUGGCAGGACCACGCGGCAUGACGCAACUUGCAAGCGGCUCAUUUGUCGUCACUGAUGCAGAGAACCACUGCAUUCGCGAAGUCUCAUCUGCGCUAGCCAAGGUGGAGACGAUUGCAGGGUGCACACGUGCUGGCGUGCGUGAUGGCGACGCGGCGGCUGCAGAGUUCCGUUACCCAACACAUGCGCUCGAGAUUCCACGGCAGAAGCUCAUCCUUAUCACAGACACGGGAAAUCACACCAUCCGCGCCAUCAGCCCGCCCGACGCGAAGGGCCAUCGGACGGUGCGAACGGUGGCUGGGCGCGCUGGACGGCCCGGCCACACAGAUGGCCCUUCCGGAACCACCAUGCUCGACACGCCCGCAUACAUGGCGCUGCUUCCAAAUCGCAACGUCGUCUUUACAGAUGAAGGCAACCACUGCGUUCGCGUGCUGGACACCAAGUCGUGGCGUGUUGAGACCCUCUUUGGCACGCCCAUGCGCCCUGGCAAGCGCGUCGGCGUGGGAGUUCACGCCCUGCUGCGCGCACCGUCAGGCAUCGUUGUGAGCCCAGGAGGCGACAUCUUUGUGAGCGACACGGGAAACGACCGCGUUGUCAUGUAUUCGCCAGUCACGCAAGAAGUCAUUGUUGUUGCUGGCGGAUUUGCAGAGCGGGAAGAUAUGGUGGAUGGACACGGGCGCGCUGCAACACUGCAGGGCCCACGUGGCCUCACCUUUGACAACGGGGGUUGCUUGAUUGUGGCGGAGGGCGCUGGUCACCGCGUCCGUCGCAUCGCAACACCGGCUGCCACGGACCGCGCGCGCCUGCACCUGGACACACUCAUGCGCCCCAUCGCGCGCACGUACGCCAAGCUGAGCGACGCCGUGAAGCGAACGUACAACACCGCCAACAACACUGUGCGCGCACUCAACGCAGCGGCAACAUGCAUCAACGAAACGCGACAGAAGCUCCUGCCGAAAAUGUAUGCGCGCGAGGCGGCACACGCGAUGGCCAACCUGCACAUGUUCAAGCAGUCACCCGACCUGCUGCCACAGCUGGAUGCCCUGAUUGGCGCCGUGCCUGUGCUGCACAGCCUGCAAGACGUGAUCACACCGCAGGUGUUAGAGGACCCCAUGCUGCGCUCCCUGGCCAGCGACAAGCUGCUGGAGGUGCUUGGCGAGUACUCGUGGUCACCGCACGCAUACACGCGUGACAUGCAGCAGCUGAUUCGCCUGGCAGAGGCCCACUUCCUCACCACCCUCCACGGGCAGACGGUGUUUGGUUCCAAGGCGUUCCGCUCCCGCCCGCGCAUCGACGUCGACGGGCCGUCGCUCACCCUGCUCACCCUGCUGCUCCAGCAGAACAACGGCAAAGGGUUUUCUGACCCCACCUUCCGCGCCGCCGCGUUUGGAUGGAUCACUCGGGUGCAGGAGGAGCGGUCCGGUGCUGCCGCCGCAUCGGCAAAGGCCAAGGAGAUGAACGAGCAGCAGAAGCAGAGGCACCAGAAGCAGCAGCAGCAGGCGGCAACCACGGGCAAGGGGGCAGCAGCAGCAGCAACAGCAGCGGGGGCCACACUGGGCGGCCCCACGGACAGCAGUGGCGUCGACAACAUUGCGUCUCACUCACGCCGCUUGGUGCGGGCGCUGAAGUGGUGGUCGGCGUACAGCAUGCCGCGCGACCCUCUCCAGGUGAAGACACUGCAGUGGCUCAUGGCUGGUCACCUGCAGGGGCUGACAGCAGGACGCCUGCUGCUGCCGUCGCUGGCGACACUGCCAGUCAUCUUCAAGGAGGUGCAGCUCGCACCAGGCCACGCCAGCGUGCUUGUCAAUGCGCUGACUGCAGGAAUCACGCAAGCCGAUGUGGCAGAGGCGGUGUGGGACGAGAUUGCGCCGUUCAUCGCCAGCUGCGGCAGCAGUGCGGGCCUGUUGCGCAACGCGCUUGCACGCCACGUUAUGCGACAGCUGAUUAUCGCUGUGAUGCAGGCUGUGUUUGGCAGCAACGUUGCCCAGCGUGACACGCAGCGGCCGCUUCUCCGCGGGUACGCUUUCCGGGCGGCAGCGAGGCUGCUUGCAUGGAAUGCUGGGGACGCAAAGGUGCGUUUCAUGGCCUCGGAUCCAAAGGUGGUGGUGUCGGGCAAGCAGCAGCAAGGGCCCACCCGCGGUGGCGGCGAUGGAGGCCAGCAAGAGGGCGAAGCCAGCACAGUACAGAAGCAGCAAAAGGGCACAAAGAAGGGCACGAAGAAGGACAAGGCGCAGCACGACGCCAGCGUACCUCAGAGCACUGCUGCUGAAGAAAUGAAAGCGGUAAGCAGCGAGCUCCACGAGAUUGUGCGUCGCAUCACCGCAACCGUUGGUGCGCAGUACCGCUCGCUCGUCACCACCACGUGCAGCCUCUCGGCGCUCUCAGCCAUGCACCAGCACAGUGCCACCUUCCGUGACAUGUGCUACAGCAUCAACAUUCGCCACGGCAUGCCAGCGCUGACCACGUGCGUUCGGUUGCGCGACUCUGCGCUCGCUGUUCUCAACAACGCCCGCGAAGUGGCCCUUGACCUGAUGGUGGGUACCGAGGUGGCGUCUGCCGUGACACACGUCUCCGACUGCGUGGACACGUUGCAGCUCGCCGAACUGUGCCGCUUUGUGCAGCUGACGCUGGUACACCCAAAGGCGAUGCAGGCGUUUGCGGGCGAGUGGGCGGUGGAGGCAAAACCGUACCUGACGCUGAACGACGGGCAGACGAUUGCCGAACUUGACCCACCACUACCGUCGCUCCCGAAGCGACUGCUCACUGCUGCCGAGUGGCUGCAGAGCGUGCGCGGGGCCGAGCUGUUUCGGCACAUCUGGCAGGACUGCACGCAGGAUGUGGUUGGGAUUUGGGAAGUCGCCGCCGCAUGGCGUGGCUUCUGGACGCAGCUGCAAGACGGAACCCUCUCCCUGGACAAGUUGUAUCAGCUGUCCCCAGUGUUGAAGAAGGAGUCCCUAAUUCUGCUGGCGCAGACAGCACACUUCAAGCCAGAUCACGAUGUUGCUGCUGCCGUCACUGAUACCACCACCAGCAGCAGCAGCAGCAGCAGCGAAAGGGCAUCGACAAGUCAGCCAUCACCAGCAACAGUGCAAGGUGCUGGCGUGACUGUAGUCACAGCAGCGGCGACAUCCGCAACAGAGCAGCAAGAAGAUGCUGAGGCAGACGGCGGCACAAGCAGCAGCAUUGUCAGCGACACGCUUGCUCUUCGCAUUCGAGCAGCCGCAGACAAGAGUGACGACUUCUUCUUGCUCGUCGGAGACCGGCUGGAAGCUGAGAAGUGGGUGAGCGAGCACGGCGGAAGCCUCGGCCAGACAACACGCCUGGUGGACCUUGUACGCCACGCAGACCACGUCACGGCGGUGUUGCCCCUCAUGGAGCAGCUUCUUCUCGGCUCAGCCAGGCCCGCACUCCGCUCCGUGCGCAACGCCGUCGACCACGUGCAGCGCAGUCUUCCGCAGGACUGGAGGCAGCAGCCCAUCAGCACCGUGGCCUUCAUUCUGCCCACGUCGUCACGGGUGGACAGACGGUACAUGGCAGUGAGCCAGGACGUGCUGCGGCAGCUGAAGCAGCACGGGGACCUGCUGCACUGGCUGCGGUCGUUCCACAACGACCAGGAGUUCAAGGCCAGCAUCGAGAUGGCCAUGGGCAAGACGGAGAACGAGUGCCCCUUUGAGCUGUGGGUGAACGGGCGCGUGGACGAGGAAGUGCUCUCCAUGCUCGGUGCUGUGCGGCGCCACUUCUACCCGUUCUUGUACCGGCAGCACGAUCAGCUGAGCCAUCCAAGGGCGCUGCUCGAGCCGCUCGUGGCCCUGCGCACGCCGCCCGCCAAUCUCGACAGCACGCUGACCCGCCUGUCGGGCCUGCUCGACCCCCUCGUGUCCCUCGUUGAUGCCGUGGGGGACGCGGGCACAACGCAGCUGCUGCAGCUCAUGCAGCCGAAGACGCAGGCAGCGUGGGUGGUGGUGCAGGCGCCAGGGCAGCAGCAGUCAAACGUCUUCCUGCAGUUUUUCCUCCCUCGCAGACAGAAGACAGACACACAGACGAAGAAGCAGAAGAACAAGAAGAAAAAGAACACCAUGACAACGCAAAAGACGAAGCAUGACGGCAGUCACGAGAGCGAGAGUGAAACGGCAGCCACGAAGCAGGCACAAGACCCUGCUCACAGCAAACCGGCAGCAACAACAGGAACAGCGGCACCUGCUUCAACAGCCGCACCGAAGAAGCAGGAUGUGGGUCGGGCGUACUACCAGCGCUCAUUGGAGGAGCUUGAGGACUUCCACGCGCGUCUGCUGCUCAAGACGGAGAACAGGUCUGCGCAGGCCCAGGCUGCUGUGGCGCAUUUUGUGGAGCAGUUUGCGUGGGUUAAGAAGCUUUCUUCCACGGCUGCGCAGCUGCACGAGGCAGGGCACCUGCACUACUCGUCGUACCUGUUCCACUUCCCGCUUGCCCACGAUCCACAGCAGAUUGUGGAGGCGGCACGGCACUGCAGCCGCCAGCUCAGCGCGUGGGAGGAGGGCGUGCGCACGCUUCGAGAGCAGUACUAUGUCCUCAACGUGUACACGCCGCAGACGGCCUGGUCGCUGCUGCACCUCAUGCACCGCGCGGAAAGCACAGCCGCAGGCGAGCCCAGCGAAACCAAGGGGAUGCACGACAAGCAGGGCACAACCACGAGCGACACCACUGCUUCUACAGCCAACACAACGUCAACAGCAGCAGCAGCAGCAGCAACGACAGCACAGGCGGGGAGCGCAGCGGCCAAGCAGGACUUGCAACGGCUGGUGUCAGCGAUGCUGAUGCUGUGGAACGCAGACCUUGGCUGCGAUGACUUCACAGUCGCGUGCUUGUACGAUGCGCUGCUUUGUCUGUAUCGGCGACACGAGCGCCGUCUACGCCGCAGCCUUGUUGCCGUGCCAAUUCAAAAGACGGACAGCGGCUACGUACAGCUCAAGCAGAGCUUAAGUGCCCCCAAGCGCGGUGUCGCCUCUUCGGACGCCAACGGCGCAGAGACCAUGUGGUUCUCGCACGUGUCCUUCCACACGCAAUCGGCAGAGCUGCAGCCAGGGCAGCGUGGCACGGGAACGGCGGCCGGUCGCCUUGGGUCGGCAUCUGCGCUUCGCACCAUGGCCCAGAUGCUGACCACGUGCCUGGGCGGCUAUGAGCCUCGCUACCGGGACUUGCACGACGAAGUUGCAGCGAUGACAACCGAUGCUGGAACGCCCUUGGUUCUUGGUGGAGCGACAACCAGAGGAAGCGACACGGCGGCAGCAGCCGCCGCAGGUACAGGAACAGCAGCUGGAGAAGACCUGGACGAUGACGAUGAGGGUGAUGGCGAUGAUGAUGGCGAUGGAGAAGGUGGUACUGUCGCUGCCCGUGACGAGCGCGCGCGCACGCCAAUUGCACAUCUUCCCUCCCGGACUGCGACGGGGUCCGCUGAAGCCAGCAGGCAACACGCGUCCGACGCUGACGACUUGGAGCAGGCAGCGCCGGCAGCACACGUGCAGACCUACGGGGACGGCGUGAAUCUGGUGUGCGUGGAAUCGCACGAAGAAGCGAUCGACACGGUGCUGUCUGCAUAUGCCCUUCACCGACAAAUGCCCGAGCACGCUACCAUGCUGCUGUCUCGUCCUCACACGUCCGUGCAGGAGGUGGUGCGGUUUGUGGCCCGCUGGGGACAGACCGGCUCGCACAAGAAGGUUGCCACGGCUGCCCCGACAGAAGCAGCAAGGCAGCAGCGCAUGCCGAGGACCUGGUCGGACGCUGGCAAUGGUGUUGGUGAUGAUGAAGACGAGUUGCUUCUUGACGCUGGUGCUGAUGGGUACGACGGUAUGUGCGAAGGCGCGGUGCGGGCGGAGGGCAGCGAGAAGCGGUUGUUCUGCAUUAUGUUGCUGGACGUUCCGCUGGCGCUGCAGCAAACAGCGGCAGAGCAAAUCCAGCUGUGGAGCAGAUACGCACAGGCGCCGCUGCUUGUGGUGGCUGGGGCUGACAGCACGCACUACGUGUCGAACCAACUGGCGUUUGCGCGCUGUUCCGCUGUGCGCUUGCCGCUUGAUACGACGCAGCAGAUUGUGCGCCAAUACCUGCAGGCCAUGACAGCGGGCGUGACUGUGGUGGCUUCUGAACAGGCAGGCGCCGGCAAGACGUUCUGGGUGAGGCAGGACGCGGCUGCGCACGGAUACGCCCUUGCACAUGUCCCCAUCACCUCCUUCGAGCAGCUGUACUCGCAGACGGUGAAUGCUGUGCGAGCGAUGCCGUCCUCAGUUGUUCUCGACCCAGAGCUUCUCAAUGCCACGCCUGUGACCCGCAACACAAGUGGUGGUGGUGGUGGUGGCGUCCGUCCUCACACACAACAGCAAACGGCAAUUCACUUUGACGUGUGCUUGCUGGAGGAACAGCUGGUUGAGUUGGAUGCGCUCAUGUUUGGGCUGGUGCUGCUUGAGCUGAUGCAACACCGGUCCACGGUUGCCUUUUGGAAGAGCGCAACCACGCGCAUCUACAUUGAGGUGCCCAGCCUGUACGUGCUUCGCGCGUGCCGCACACUCCGCGUUCUCGGCCUCCACAUUGUCCGCCCAAGCGCGGCCACAUUCUGCACAGAUGCAACACGCCUGCGAAUUGGAAUGCGGCACCACUUUCAGGCCUUCACCCACAGCAGCAGCAGCAGCAGCAGCAGUGCAUCAGCAACGGCGCUGGCGUUAGUGGACACACAGCCAGUCCGCAACGAUGCUGGGAAGGACGGUGCGGAUGAGGAUGGUAAGGGCGACAGCCCCGGAACAGAAGCAGGUGGCGACACGACACACAAGGUCGACAGUGUGGACGAACAUCAAGCCACCAGCAACGCAACAGCAGCGAAAGUGGUGCGCACUGCUGUACCAGACAAGUUUGCGCACGUGACAGCGCAGCAGCGGCUGUCGUUUGUGAGCCGCGUGCUUUUUGAUUACUAUGCGCGUGCGUGCGCGUCGCUUGGCAUGGACAACGCAACGCCACCGUAUGUGUCGUUGCUGUGCGAGGACGAGAGCAAAGAUUUGCCGGCGGAGUGGUGUUGGUCGCUGCUUGAGCUGGCGAUGGUGGAAGCGAAAGAAGAACAGCCCUCGCUCUGGUCCGUUUGGAACACAAUCAACGUUUUGUUCUACCAGCUGGCACAGCUACUGUUGGAAGGGCGCGUGCUGCUGGGCUGCAACCCUUCCACGCGCCCAGCUCUCGCCGCCAGGAUCAUUGGCUUUGUGCUUGAUUCCGCGCUGCAGUUUGGCGGGCGCCAGACCGUUCAGGCCCAGGGCCGCGCCUUCAGCGACGUUGUGCAGGUUCGCAACACAGGCGUCAAUCUCCACGGCGCGUUUUCUCAGUCCGUACGCAUCAACGGCCUCCGCUCGUAUGUGCACCCAAGCGGUGUGCAAUUCUACUACUGCCGCCAUCGUGAGGCGUGGGUGGUCGAGGAACCAUCUCAGCACUACGCCAAGAUGCAUCUUGUGAGCACUGAUCCCAGUGGCACCCGCGACUGGUGCCGUGUGACGACGUCGACGGUAUCUGAUGUCACGGUGACAGCAGCAGUGGAUGGGCACGCGGUGUCCAGCUUGAGCUCGCUCACGCAGUGGAUUGGGAAGGAAGCGCCCGGCAACACCGUCCGCGUUUGCGUGGCUGCAGGCCGCUUGAAAAAAGAGUUUGUGGCGACCAGAGAGCAGUGGCUGUGUACGCCCUCGGCAUUCAUUGUGCUGCUGCACGCACACGACGACGUAGUGCUGCGCCUGAACCCGCUCACUGGGUGGUGCUUCAUUCACUCUGGCCAGACACACCUGAUUACGUCUAUGGGUCGCCUUGGUUCUUCAACGUGGACGGUAUUGCAUGCUGAUGAGGCCACCAAGCACACCUACCGGCCAAGCGUUUCCAUGGAGGUGGACAUGCCACCACCAGAUCCCGUGCCGGCGUGGGUGGCCAGAAACAGCGUAUGGCCGCGCGUAGACAAGAUGCGCGCAGAGCGGCAAGUCGACGACGAUGCAUCUUUGGCGUCACCAACGCCGUCGUCAUCAUCACCAUCAUCGUCAUCAGCGCCAUCGUCGGCCUCCGCUGCCAGUCGUCGUGGCGCCAGUACAGUCCCAAAGCACCUGGCCAGGACCAGUGCCAUGAUCGGCACUGGCGAUGGUGGUGGCGGCGGCGAUGCAGCCUUGCGUGUUGGGCAUAGGAAGGAGGAGCACGAGGAGGAAGAUGUGGAGAAGGUGAUUGAAGACGCCCCAAAUCCGUUUGCAACGGCUGCUGGUCGCCUGAUUCAGCCGUGGGGUGAGGCGCUGCACGACUGCCUCGUCUUCCACGCUGAGCUGGAGAAGGGCGCCUUCCUGCUGUCGUUGCAGCCAUACACCAUGCGCAACUUCAGGCUGGGGCUUGCGACCAGCCAGGCCUUGGAAGAGCACGGAGUGGUGGUGCCGCAGAGCUUCACCGACCUUGAGAAGCACGUGCAUGAGGUGCUGAGUGGCAUGACGGGCCACGCACGCUCGAGCGAUGAGGCGCGCGCGCUGCUUGGCGGCAAGUACCACCUCACCAUCGACAACCUGCUGAAGAUGGUGGCGGUGUACGUUCGCCUGCGCUGCGGCAUCCCUGUCGUGCUGUUGGGCGAGUGCGGCUGCGGCAAGACCAUGCUGAUUCGCUUCCUGUGCGAGUGGCUCGACGUGCCCCUGCUCAUCUUGGAUGUGCACGGCGGCACGCAGGAACGCGAGUUUGAGGACAUCUUCGCCCGCGCGGAGAAGGAGCUUGCGUCCGCACCGAACCCAAGCACAGCACGCGUGUUUGUGUUUUUGGAUGAGGUGAACACUUGCAACCACAUUGGGCUUGUGCGGGAGAUUGUGUUCAGCCGCUCCCUGCACGGGCGUCCCAUUUCCUCGGGCAUCAAGGUGCUGUGCGCCCUCAACCCGUAUCGUGAGCGCGUGCAGAAGGAGGGCACACAGACCCCCGGCCUGGUGUACACGCUGCAGCAGGAGCGCACAGACACAAUGGCCAAACUUGUCUAUCGCGUGCACCCGGUGCCGCUGACCUUUCUGGAUUUUGCAUUUGACUUUGGGCAACUGUCCUCCACCGAGGAGGACUCGUACAUCUUGGGCAUGGUUCAGGGAAGCCUCCCAGACCACGAACGACACGAGCACGAGCUUGUGGCGCGGCUGAUCUUGCUGUCACAGGCGUUUAUCCGCGAGUGCGAUGGCGAUGUGAGCGCCGCCAGCCUGCGCGACGUGCGUCGCUGCCUCAACCUGCUCGUGUGGUUCAAGUCCAACCUGGUGACGAAGAAGGCGACCAAGAUCUCCCCGCUGGCCGUGGCAGCCACGCUCGCGCUGGCGUUCACGUACUGGUAUCGCCUCAACAGCGAUGAGGCGCGCAAGGGCUACUGGACAAGGUUGCGCAAGCAGGCGGAUUUCCGGUCCUUCAACCUCAUUGAGAGCAAGAUGGAACCGCUGCGGCACAAGGGCACGUUUGAAUCCAUUAUCCAGCAGUUGCAGCAGAAGUUCUGUGAGAACGUGUCGCUUGAAGAGGAUGUUGCCCUGAACAGUGCGUUGAAGGAAAACGUGUUUGUGACCGUCGUGUCCAUGCUCAACAAGCUGCCAUGCAUGAUUGUCGGCAAGCCAGGCAGCUCAAAGACGCUCGCCUUGCAGGUCAUUUCUGCAAAUUUGCAAGGGCCGCAGAGCAGGAACCCGUUCUGGCGGCGCUUCCCGGCCGUGACCAUGUUCCAAUUCCAGUGCUCGCCUCUCACCACGGCCAGCGGCAUUCUGCAGCAGUUUGAGGUUGCCAAGCGCUAUCAGGCGUCGUCCGAAGAUGUCGCCGCCGUUCUGGUCCUCGAUGAGAUUGGUCUUGCGGAGUUUUCUCCCGACAUGCCGCUGAAGGUUCUUCACGGUCUUCUUGUGGACCCGCCCAUCCCCAUCGUGGGCGUCUCAAACUGGGCGCUUGAUGCAGCAAAGAUGAACCGCGCAAUCUGCCUGAGCCGUCCAAGCCCAAACUUCGAGACCCUUGUCACAACUGGCCGCCACAUUCUGGGCGAAUCAAAAGCAGCUGUGCAGCAGCUGUUGAACCGGAUGCUGGAGCCGCUUGCCUCUGCGUUUCACACACUGAUCCAAGAGGGCGAGAAGAAGCGGGCUUCCAAGGUGUUCUUUGGCAUGCGAGACUACUACAGCCUGCUCAAGAUGAUGAAGCGACAGUUCACCACGGACCCAAAGCGCCUCCUCCGCGGCAUGACCUCCCACGACCUCAACAUGCUCGUCUGCCGCAACUUUGGCGGCGACACAGCCCUGCUCACGCGGGCCGUGCGUCUGUUCCACAUCCGCUGUCUUGGGCACGGCGCAUCGGAACGCCCCGUGCACGUGCUUGAUCUUGCGCGCGCGAACCUGUGCGAUGCACACGCGCGCCACCUCCUGCUCUUCACGUCCAACUCCAUGGCACUGGAGAUGCUGUUUGGGGCCGGUCUGAUCCAAGGCACCAACACACGCGUGCUGAUUGGCAGCCAGUUCACGGAAGACGCGUCUGAGCUGCAGCUGAUCCACCAGAUCAACGACGUGCGUCGCGCCAUGGAGGCCGGCGACACCCUCAUCCUCGUCAACCACUUCAACAUCUUCGAGUCGCUGUACGACCUCCUCAACAUGCGAUACGUGACCAAGACGAACAAGCAAGGCAAGCGCGUCCGCAUGCUUCGCCUGGCCAUCGGCUCCCGCUCGCAGCUGUGCGAGGUUGCAGACGGGUUCAAGGUGAUUGUCAUUGUGGAGGACGCGGCGAAGCGCAAGCUGGACUUGCCCUUCCUCAACCGCUUUGAGCGCCAGCUCAUGCGCCCGCACGACGUCGUGACGAAAUACCAGCAGCCGCUGGUAGAGGAGUUGCUGGAGUGGGUGCGGGCCAUUGUCAGGGAGACGGGGCUCGGCAAGGUGUCGCGCGUGUUCCCUUGCCUGACCAACGACAGCCUGCCGUCUGCAGUCCUACUGGCGCUCAAGUUCAAGCCCGUGCCUUCCGAUGAGGACAUGGAGUGUGCAGGCGACCUGGUCAAGGACUGGCUGUACCGCAUCGCCACGCCAUCGGCCGUCUUGCACUCGCCAACGCUGCAAGAGGCGUUUGGUGGCCUGGACGGCUUUCUCCAGACCCAUGGCGACCUUGCUGCCGUCAUGCGCGCAUAUGUGCUGCGGCCAAAGAAGACGCACACAUUGUCGUCUCUGCAAACAGCAGCGCCCGCAGAAAAGGAGGCGCAGCCACAGAAGAAGAAACAGCAGCAGCAGCACGCAGACGCCAACGCAGCGCAGAGUCAGGGCGAAACAGCUGCCGCCACCCAGGGCGAAGAAACACCUUCAGAUGGUACCGAUGCGACAAGCGACGUUGCCACUGCUGAUGUGGGCGGUGAUGGUGCGACAAUGACGACGGCAGCAAGGCAGCCAGAUGUGGCAAAGGCGGACGAAGGUGCUCAACAACAAGGUACUGGUGCCGAAACAACGCAGGUUGGAGCAAAGCAAGAAGAGGCAGCAGAAGAUGUGGCAGAAGAAGAAACAGUGUCCAAGGGCACCGCGACAGCGCCCGAGGAGCAGUCGGCUGUGGGUGACACCGCUAGCACCACAGGCACAGCCACGAGUACACCCGCAACUGCGACCACCACGACCGUGACCGAGGAAGCAAAGGUUGAAGACGAACGUACGUGCAGGGACAAUGAGGCGCAACACCGGCGCAAGCGUCGCACGUACCGUGACGUGGACAGCGAUCUGACGGUGCUGCUGACCCAGUCUGCAGCGGCACACAUGACGCCAUCGACCUUUGACGGGCUUGUUGGACCAGCGUGGGAUGUGCACUAUGAGAACUUUGCUGCCUUCUCCUCGGAGCGGCAGCUGGAGGCGCGCCUGACCGGCUUCUUCACCGAUGCCGCUGCGCUCGUUCGUGCGGCCACAGCCCAAGACGACAACGAGGACAACGGCAGCAACAAAGGCGACGAGAGUGCUGGUGAGGGCACGGAAGCACGCAGUCAUCAGCGUGCGCAUCGCGAGGGCGCGGGCGCGGUGGUACGUGAGCAAGGCCUGACGGCGCUAGCUUCAGACACCAAGACGCAUGCUUUGCUGGUGCUGCAGUGCGACUCGCUUGCUGCCAAGGCCGAGGUGAUUCGCCACGCCAUGUGGCUGUGUCGCGCGGGACGUGACAGGAUGCUGCGAGACAGCGGGCUCUCGCCUCGGCAGGCAUCGCACAUCAAGGUGCUGGUUGUGCUGCAUCUUCCCCCGAGCGUGAAGGGCCGCAAGCGCUACUUCCCACUCACGUUCAUGCGGGACUGGCAGUGCCUCUUCUGCGACGACCUGCGGCCACAGCAGCAGGGCGCCUUCCGCGUGCAAGUGCAGCGCACCGUGUACGAGCUUGUGCGUGACGGCCACAUCUCCGUUGAGCGUGCACUCAAGACGCAGUUUAUGGCCGCGCUCUCCCGCUGCCGUGUCCCCGUCGAGACAGCAGGCGGCACAGCUGCUGACCAUAGUGGUGGUGUUGGCGGUGGCCGUGGCCGUGGUGCUGCAGAAGAUGGUGAUGGCGAUGGCGACGGCAGCGGUGGCGUUGGACGUGAGCUGUCCACACCUGCGUCCACAAACCACUAUGCCCGCGUGGUCAUGUUCUCACGUUUGCUGAAGAACGCGCGCUUCCUCGCCCUAUUCGCCAAAGUGGUGGAGGAGGUGGCACGUGUGGCACUCGCCGACGGCAAGCACUCCACCGUUCAUGUGCAAUGGGCAUCGAAAACCCCGCACGGGUCCCUGCGUGAGUCACUGCACACGUGCUUGGAGGCGGUGAUUGUGGACAUCAUGGCAUACGUGUUGCCUGCGCUUGACCACCACUUCACAUUGAGUGUUCUGGAUGCUGCGCUGGAGCGUGGUGACCGCGCAAGCGUGGACCUGUGCUUCAAGCUGUGGGGCUCGCCCACUGUGCUUGAUGUUGAGGCGCUUGGCAUGACAUACCGCCCACAGCAGCACCGCGUCAUCACCAUGCCCCACGCAGGGCAGCACGCCAUUGCGCCAAACGCGUUCCCAAUGUCAUAUCGGAUCAUGAAGCAUCUGGUGGCUGAGCAGACGCGCGCCCUCGUGCUGACCAAGGCAGGCACAGACGUGAUGCGCGCCGCAAGCGUGCUGCAGCAGGCAUGCCACACCGUGUUUGGGCCGAGCCUUGUGCGCGCUUGGGCGUCGCAGCGCGACGCACAGAGACAGCAGCUGCGGUAUCUGUAUGAUCUGGUCAACUAUCACGUUGCACCCUCGCGGGGCCUCACCUGGCAGCAGCACGCGCGGUGCCUGGCGCUGAUUGGACGCGCAUGCGACCCCGUGUUGCUCGCCAGCGUGGCCGGGCUGCACGCCGUGCUGAUGCAAAACGAGCUUCGCCUGUCCACCUAUCUUUCGCUCCUGGCCAACGAGCACCUGUCGGGCGUCAUCCAUGUCGACAGCGUCCUGGAGCACUUGGAGGAUUGUGUGGAUUCGCUGCUCAGUUCACCGUCGCCGCAGCAAAGCGGAAGCACUGCUUAUGGUGCCGCUGGUGACGGCGCCACAUUUCUGGCCCCCGAGGACGACGACGACCUCUUGCUUGACGACGCUGACGAUGACGCUGACGAUGACGAUGACGAUGAUGUUGAAGGUGGUGAGUAUGAUACGAACAAUCGUGGUGACGACGGUCAUGCAGUGGGAGCAUCGCCAGCAACGACUGCAGGAACAACAGCGAUGGCAGCAACAGCUGGCACCUCCAUGUCCGCUGCGCGUGCACGACUGCAGACGGUGGACACGGAGCUGACGAAGCAAGUGCUGCGAGCAGUUCGGGAGAAGCUUGAGUCGGCGGUUGGGGAGGAUUCGCUGGUGCAAUUGGUGGAGGCCGUGCAGACGAUCCACACUGUCUCGCCGCAGGUGAACCGGCUCUUGUGCGCACACGGUAGCGAGGCCAGCGACGAACACAAAGAGGACAGUAGCAGCGAAGAAGAAGAAGAUGAUGGUGGUGGUGAUGAUCCGCAACGCAAUGCAACGUGCGCACAACUGCGUGAGAUGGCGGGUCUCUCUGCGUUGGCGGAUCUUCUGCAAGUGCUGCAGCAAACAGCAUGCCAGCCGCUGCGCAGAGUCACCAGCUUGCGAUACCGCGCCAGAGGCCACCUCGGGCCCUUGGAGUUGGAGGAAGCGGGCGUGACCCCUCACGUGCUGGGCGCGCACGUGCUGCUGGAGAAUGCCGCAAGCCUGCGUGUUGUGGACACGGCGCACAUCACGUCUGCGCUGCGCACGGUGGCGCAGGUGUGCGCUGUAUUCAGGGAAGGCGCGCUGUUUGCGGCAGAGGACGCGUGGCUGAGCGGCAUGACCGCUGUGGACGAGGCUGAGAGCGUGCACCUGCUUGCUGCGCGGCGCAUGGACUAUCUUCAGGCCUCGCUCGUCUCGGCCUAUUUGCAGCACUGCAUGGCGUGCGUGGAGCUGAGCCCGCGCCACCUGAUGCGUGCGCGUGCGUCGGUGUGCGAGCGGCUGUGGACACUGCUGAGCGAGUUUGAGCUUGAGGGCGCGAAUCACGGUAACCGCACGUCUGCAGCCGAGGCCAAGAGCUUGGUGCUGCGCGGUGCGCUGAUUGCAUUCGAGACGGUGUCUGGCACGACGGCGAUGGACAUGUGCGAGCAACGGCGCGGGCGCGUGUCUGCACAGGCGCUGCUCGUCACGUUGUGGGACGUGAUGGAUCGCAAUGCACAGGGCCAUGCUGACGGCGGCAGUGGCAGCGACAAGUCUGCACGCGUGCUCACAGCCCGUGCGGUGAAGGCUGUGGCGUUGCCCAAGGCCGCGCUCUCCGUGGAGAAGCGGGACGACGGUGUGACCGUGUUCCUGCGCGGUCUGGUGGCGUGCCACCGUGCGCUUUCGAGCUUCACGCGGUCUCUGCAACGACGUAGCGCCACGCGCCCGCCCGCACAGUCGCCGCAAGGCCCGCUGGCGCAGCUGUUGGCGGAGCACUGGGCUGGGCUGCACGUGCUCAAGCGGGUGCGGCGAACGAUGGGCAUCGAGGGGAUUGCGAUGCUGACGGCGUGGACGGAGCAGCAGCGGCCUUGGGUGAAGCUCGAUCGCACGCUGCAGGUUGCGGCGAGUGACAGGCUGCCGGACGUGUUUAAGCACUUCACGCACGCGCAGAACCAGCCGCUGAUGAAUGUGGCCGUGCACUUUGCGGUGACGUGCGAUGACUACUCGGAACUCAAGCACCAGUUUUCGCCCUCGCUCCUGUCAUCCGAGCUGAUGAACGCUUUUUCGUGCUUUCUUGGUGCCUACUUUUCCCAAGUUAUCGAGCCAAACCUCCAUCGCACGCGUGGCGUGAAAGAACUGCACAAGUGGUUGCGUGCGAACGUGUUGUCCCGGCUCUCUGGUCCAGCUUACCAGCUGCUGCAGUGGAUUCUCGAUGGCUGCCGCUUUGGGUUUUCCCACACGGCGGAAGACGAAGAGGAUCACGAACAGGAAGAUGUGGUGCUGCAGCAGCUGGCGUUUGUGCUGGGCAUCAUCGCCAUGCGUCAACCCCGGUCCUGGCUCGGUGAACUUGUGGUGUCGCCUGCCUCGUCCUCCAAAGCCUACAUCGUCACCAUCCCAGGCAACGAACUCGCUCUCAUCUUCAACUCCUCACCCUAUGUCGGCUGGUACCGCUGCCCCAACGGCCACCUGUACUCUGUUGGCGAGUGCACGAUGCCGAUGCAGCAGUCCAGGUGCCCCGACUGCAAAAAGUCGAUUGGCGGACUCAACCACAACAUGCUCUCAACAAACACCAGAAUCUCCGAUUCAGAGUACUCGAAUGUGGGGCGGCCGCUCACCACGACGUUUGUGGCGGCGCUGCGGCUCAUUCUGCACCUCAGCGUUCGCCUGAGCCUGUUUGCGUUUGGGCCUACCUCCGCCAUGCAAUUCCUGCGUGGCCCCAAGCGCAGCAUUUCCAAGACGCAGGCACGCUUUGUGCAAGAUCUGACACACGUGUGCUUGCGCGACCUUGACGCCAUUGCCCGGCGACGCUCGCUACGGGAGGCGUACAUGCUCGUUGUGCUCCUCCUCAAACACAUGCACAACAGCGCCAUCCCGCCUGCGUUCUCCACGGCUGACAAGCGCGACGCGUACGAGCGGACGCUGCAGAACGCAACAGCAAACAAGUAUCUGACCGACCCGGCGUACCUGCGCAGGGCGGCAGAGAGCGCCGUGGAGGACACACGCGGGCAGCAGCUUGCCAGGCUGUGGAACUGGUGCAAGCAGCAGAUUGAAGUUGCGGACGGCACAAACGCGGGCGAGUCAGCAGCAGGAUCGUCAGCACAAGACAAAUCGUCGGCUCGAGCAGACUUGGCGUCGGUGCCAGGUAGCAGGGACCCUCGCAGCCGGCGUCGUCGUGGCGGUGCCACUGACUACGACGAUGACGAUGAUGACGAUGGUGAUGAUGACGAUGACAGUGGCGAAAGCAUGUACUUUGAAUCACUGCUGUCUCAGCGCAUGGACGAUGAGAGUGGCGCGUCGCUGCUGACGAUGCUGCGGUCUCCACGCGAGCCCGUCACGCUCGACCGCUUCUUUGAGGACUUUCAGUCCAGCAGCGAGUACAAGACGCGCCAUCGCCUGCUUGAUGCUGUGCAGCGCAUGGAGGAGCGGUUGGUGCAUGUGCAUGUGCUGGUGGACAUUCUCGCCUGGCACGCUGUCCUAUUUGACGUGUUCCCGGACGGCAGCCUGACACGUGAGCAAGCAGCGGAGAUCACCAACGCGGAUGUGGUUGCAAUGCUGCCGGUGGGACGACGCGAGGCCGCAUCGCGUGUCCUCGAUCGCUUCUGUACCGGAUUCAACGCCGCCUUUCCUCUCCUGCACCCGAACAUCUACGAGUGCGACCCGAACCCCUUCUUGACACAGCGCAAGGAGGUAGAUCUGUCUGGACUACAGCAGUCCCCAGGCCUCCCCAUGAGCCCGAGCGUCGCCAUCAUCUUCUCGCUGCCGGCACACGCACGUGGCGAGACGGAUGCGCGAGGCCUGUGCACGCUGCAGCUGUGCCGGCUGCUGGCCAACGCACACAACGAACUGGUGACUGCACUCGCUGCCGCAAGGGCGCCUGUGAACACAGCAGCUGCAAUGACCGUCGACCAUGCACAGCAGCAGCAACAAGGGCAGCAGCGGCAACAGCAGCAGCCACAACAGCAGCAUGUGGUACGAGCAGACGCGCAGGCUGUUGCGAGCGCGUUUGGCGCUGCUGUAUCGCAUCUUACGCCGCGGGUUGCGCUGGACCAAGCCAUCAUCAAGUACUCGCGUGGCGAGAUGGAGCGGCUUGUGCGCCUGCAUGCGAUUGAGCCGUUGCGAUACGCGGUGACGGGAAUCACGUCGUGGUUUGACUUUGCCGGCGUGGAGAAUGCGUUGGCGCGCCGUCUGCUGCACGGCAAGUCGACAAUUCAGCUUGAGCUGCAGCAGUACCACUACGGCGGGGAGCUGAACAACACGGGGCACCUGAGCACCCUGCGCAUGCGUGUGCCACAGGCUGCUCUGAGCAAGGCGGUGAGCGCGCACAUUGUGAGCGAGCUGGACACGCAGAACCGCAUCAACGCCGUGCUGGGCCACCUUGAGGCGUGCAUCUCGUUCCUGGCCUCCGUGGGCGGCCUCUCUGCUGCUGCCGGCAUCUCCGAGGAGACGCUACUUGCAGAUUACAUCACGGGCACGCUGCUGGUGAAUGCGGACACGUGGGCCAGCGCCUCGUGCGACUCCAUCAACAGGCACGUGCAGCUGCGACACGUACAGAGCCUGUUUGUGCUGUUGGAGCAGCAGCUGUCUGCGACCACGCUCGACUUUGUGCACUCGUCGUACCGCGAGCCGCUGCCGGCAGAUGUGGUUGCGGUGCUGAAGCGGGACAUGCACGCGUUUGACUUUGACUUUUUGCAGACGCUGCUGCGUGAUCUGCUGGUGAACCGGCUGACGGAGGCAAACUUCCCGAGCGACGGCCCGCUCAAGGACUAUCUGGAGUACCUGACGGAGGUUGACAUUUCCGAGGCGGCGUGGUUCCAGUUCCUGCCAGACACGCUCGCGCUCGCACACGCACACAGCCUGUACGAGUUUGUCUCCUCCUCCUCCUCGUCAUCUUCUCAGGAGGUGUGAUUUGAGAGAGGAGAGUGAUGUGUGUGUGUGUGUGAGAGAGGGCGAGAGAGGAGAGUGAUGAGUGUGUGAGAGAGGGUGUGUGUGUGUGAGUGUGUGAGUGUGUGUAUGAGUGUGAGGGUGUGAGUGGGAGUGAGACGUGAGAGAAUGGGACGUGAUUGUAUGCACGUUUGUGUGUGUGUGUGUGGUUGUUGCUUUUGUUGUUGGUUUCAAGUGAACACUUUAAGUGAAACAUCAUCGAAGAGCA